AUGUCAGACGGAUCAAACUAUGAUUACCUUUUCAAGGUCGUCCUUAUCGGAGAUUCAGGUGUUGUUCUCUCUCGAUUCACAAGGAAUGAAUUCAACUUGGAAUCAAAGUCCACUAUCGGUGUAGAAUUCGCUACUAGAAGUAUCAACGUUGAUAGUAAGACUGUUAAAGCUCAAAUUUGGGAUACAGCCGGACAAGAACGGUACCGAGCUAUCACAUCCGCAUACUAUCGAGGAGCAGUAGGAGCUUUACUCGUAUAUGACAUUGCCAAACACUCAACAUACGAAAAUGUCACUAGAUGGUUGAAGGAACUUCGUGAUCACGCAGAUGCCAAUAUAGUUAUCAUGCUCGUCGGAAAUAAGAGCGAUUUGAAACAUCUUAGAGCGGUCAGUACGGAUGAGGCUAAACAAUUCGCUACCGAAAACGGUCUAUCAUUCAUCGAAACAUCAGCUUUGGACGCUUCCAAUGUAGAAUCCGCUUUCCAAAACAUCUUGACUGAAAUCUACCGAAUCGUAUCAUCCAAAUCACUCGAGUCUUCCGGAGACGUCAUCAAGCCAUCAGGAGGAGAGACAAUUUUGGUCACUCCAACUGCAGAUGAUGGAGGUGCUAAACAAGGUGGAAAGUGUUGUUAG